AUGGUUGCUUCGAAUUAUUAUGAUAACGUUAAGAAUAAUGAUAAUACUCAUCAAACGCAUUCUUACGAAAGUGACGAGGAAGAAGAUAGUGAUGACACUAACGUGACAAUAUCGAACACAGCAAGAAAGCAUUCGUCACCUGCAAUUGUAUCGUUACCUUCAACCACCUCGAAUAUACGUCGGGUUGGACAUCCAUAUCAAAGCCGUGCACCAGCUAAACACAAAAAACCACGAACUUCUUUCUCAAAAAAACAGGUGGCAUUACUGGAAGAUCGUUUUCUCAGUCAAAAAUAUUUAGCAUCAACUGAACGCGCUAGCUUAGCGAUCGAACUUGAUAUGAGUGACGCCCAAGUGAAAACGUGGUUUCAAAAUCGACGUACUAAAUGGAGGAGGCAAGAAGCCGAAGAAAAGGAAUUUGAAGACAAAGCAAAUGCACGUAUGCUAUCGUCCUAUAGGCAGUGUUUCUUUGCAAGACCUGAUAUCACUCUAUGA